AUGUCCAUCCCAAUACCUCAACCACCUGGGCUGCCCAUCCUUGGUAAUGUGAGAGAUAUCGAUCCGAACAAUGCAUCUCUUAGCCUCAUCCAUCUUGCUGAGAAGUAUGGUCCCAUAUUCAAGCUCAAUAUAGUUGGGCAGGAUCGAUACUUCGUGGCUUCAGCCGAGCUACUCAAUGAAAUCUGCGAUGAAAAGCGCUUCCACAAGGCUGUGUCAGGUCCACUGAAGGAGGUCAGGAAUGGUGUGGGAGACGGAUUGUUCACCGCCUAUCAUGGCGAACACAAUUGGGAAGUUGCACAUCGAACUUUGGUGCCUGCUUUCGGUCCGAUCGGUAUCCACGACAUGUACGACGAAAUGUACGAUAUCGCCACACAACUCGUUGCCAAAUGGGCAAGAUUGGGUGAAGAGGACGUGAUCAAUGUCACAGACGACUACACGCGCUUGACGCUGGACUCCAUUGCACUCUGUGCCAUGGAUAAGCGCUUCAACUCCUUCUAUCACGAGGCCAUGCACCCUUUUGUCAAUGCUAUGGUUGGGUUCUUGGUCGAAUCAGGCUUGCGUCCGAGACGGACCAGACUGGAGCAGUUGUGGAAUGGCAAAGCCACCCGACAGUAUCAGGAAAAUAUCGAGCUUAUGAGGAGCGUGGCACAAGAGGUUAUCGAUCGACGACGAGCGAACCCAAGCUCGAAAAAGGAUCUGCUGAACGCCAUGCUGUUUGGAAAAGACCCGAAGACCGGCGAGCGGUUGACUGACGAAAGUAUCAUGAACAACAUGAACACUUUUUUAAUUGCAGGACACGAGACCACUUCUGGGUUAUUGUCCUACGCCUCUUACUACCUCUGCAAAUAUCCGGAAGCGAUGAGAAAAGCCCAGGCCGAAGUCGAUUCGGUCAUUGGCAAGGGACCGGUCAAAUUCGAGCAUAUGAAUAAGCUUCCUUACCUCGAGGCCGUGUUGCGGGAGACGCUCCGCCUGCAACCUACUGCGCCUGCAUUCACAGUCACUCCUCAAGAAACCAUGUCUGGUCCCGUCGUCCUUGCAGGAAAGUAUUACAUUCCUUCGGGAGCUCCUAUUAUCGCAGCGCUGCCAGCGGUCGCACGGGACCCUGUCGCUUUUGGAGCAGAUGCCGACGAGUUCCGUCCAGAACGAAUGUACGGCGAGAACUUUGCGAAGCUACCUCCGAACGCCUGGAAGCCUUUCGGAAACGGAGCUAGAGGAUGCAUAGGCAGACCCUUCGCCUGGCAAGAAGGGUUGCUCGCGCUCUCGCUCAUUCUCCAGAACUUUAAUCUGAGGAUGGCUGACCCUUCAUACCAACUGCGCUCGAAGCAGACACUGACCAUCAAGCCGGAUGGCUUCUUCAUGCGUGCGAACCUCCGUUCGGGAAUCGAUCCCAUAAAGCUCGAAAAGAAGAUGUAUGCUGGCCUAGAAGAGCAAUCAACCAAGUCAAAACCUGCAGUGUCGUCUUCUGCUGGACCGAAGAAGCCGAUGACGAUUCUCUACGGUUCGAACAGUGGUACCUGUGAAGGCCUCUCACAGACGCUGGCCGGCAACGCCACUGCACACGGCUUUGAGGCGACCAUCAAGAGUAUGGAUGCGGCGGUGGAUCGAAUCUCGGUCAAUGAGCCCUUGAUUGUCAUCACCGCAAGUUACGAAGGCAAUCCACCCGACAAUGCUAAUUCUUUCGUUGAGUGGCUCAAGAAUCAGUCUGUGGACCUCAAAAAUCUGAGAUACGCCGUGUUUGGAUGCGGCCAUCAUGACUGGGUUUCGACCUACCAGAAGAUUCCGACUCUAGUCGAUACCGAGCUCGAAGCCCGAGGCGCGUCACGUCUUGCACCUCGAGGCGAAUCAGACGUUGCUGCUGGAACAGUGUUUGACGACUUCGAUCACUGGCAAGACGACGCCCUCUGGCCUCAGCUGGGUGGUGCUGGGUUAGACGCGGUGCCUGAAGGCAUAGACCUGGAGAUUAGUACCGUUGCGCGUGCAUCGCACCUCAACUACAAUGUUCAGGAAGCGCUCGUGGUAAGCAACGAAGUAUUGACGGCACCUGGUACGCCAGAGAAGCGCCAUAUUCAGCUCAAGCUACCGACAUCUUUGACCUAUGAGGCUGGAGACUACCUCGCAUUGUUACCAAUCAACAGCCUCGCAACUGUAUCCAGGGUACUGCGCCGGUUCGGUCUUCCCUGGGACUCUGUCAUGACGCUCGGCAAAGGCUCUCACACCACGAUACCUACGGAGAAGGAACUUUCGAUCGGCGCCGUACUCUCAUCGUACGUGGAGUUGAACGCGAGCGCCACCAAGAAGCACUUGUCAGUGGUCGCGUCCUUUGCAACAGACGAAGCCACUAAGGAGCAGAUCAUGGCGCAAGCCUCAGAUACAGCAUCGACACCAUCGGUGCUGGACGUUCUAGAGGCCCACACAGAGAUCCGAUUCCCGUUCAGACUCUUUCUCAGCAUGCUUUUCCCCAUGCGCAUCAGGCAGUACUCGAUAUCGAGCUCGCCAUUGCAGGACCCUACGAUCGCAACAAUCACGUUCUCCAUGGCAGAUAAAGAUGCCAAUCACCUGGGUGUCGCGACCAAUUAUCUCAAAAGACUGCAACCAGGGAGCACGACGCAAGUUAUGGUCAAGAAGUCACAGGCCUCAUUCCAUCUACCGCUAGACGAGAAGACACCGGUCAUAAUGUUUGGUGCAGGCAGCGGACUGGCUCCCUUUCGCGGCUUUGUGCAAGAACGCGUGGCGCGAUUACAGGCUAAUCCUGAGGCUAAACUUGGUGAGGCUGUCUUGUUUGUUGGCUGUCGGGAUCCUACAAUGGAUAAGCUGUUUGCCGACGAGCUCGAGGCAGCAGAAAGGCUAUCAGCGGUCAAAGUCUUCUAUGCAUUCAGCCGAGCGGCAGACAAGUCAGAAGGGUGUAAAUACGUGCAGGAUCGCCUGUGGCAUGAGAGAGCGGAAGCAAGCAGACUCUUUGACGAAGGUGCGAGAGUAUACAUCUGUGGUAGCUCCGCGGUCGGCAAAGGAAUCGCGAGCACGGCAGCGCGCAUCGCAGUAGAAGCUGCAGCGAAGCGUGGUAAAGAGAUAACCUUCGAGAAUGCGUUGCAGUGGUGGGAGGGUCUGAGAGGGGAGCGAUAUGCUGUUGAUGUAUUCGACUAG